GUGGCGUCACCCUUAAAGCUGCUGCAAAAAUGGUUGCUCAUGCCUCCAAUUCUGUUGAUCUGACAAAAACUGCACUGAAAUCUAAAGAUAAGAAGAAAGACAAAGGAAGACUACCCAGUGAACAGGAGACAGACCCUCUACAGGAUCAGAUCAGUCCGCUGCUAGAAGACACCUGCUUCAUUGAUGGCCAGUCUUGGCUGUCCGGCAACAGGAUGUUGAUUAACCUGAACUUGUCAAGAAACAACAUUGGAGAAGUUGGUAUGGCUGCCCUACUGAAGGCCGUCCAGUACCAGACAACAUUAACUUUUGACAACAAAAGCUUCGGCUCUGGCCUUUUGAGACUGAAUGUCUAUAAGAAUGCAGUCCCUGCAGACAACGAGAUUGUGACUAAAUUAAACAAUCUGAUGGCGACCAAGGACCCAUUCUACAAACCUUCAGAUGCAGCAUUAUAG